CUAAAUGAACGCGCCAUUGUCCAUGCGGUUGGUGUUCGAAAUGCUGUUAUUGGUUCCCUUAAGCACACACAUGUGCUGCUAGUUCGGAGCGACAUAUCGUGCCGGAUGAGCAAAGAUGAAACAACAUAUCGAAGAUCGGAACUAUGCACAUGCACACUCCGCUUGUUCACUCUGUUUUGCCCAUGUCCCCACCCUUGACUCGGACUCACAUGUUCCCCUCUCUCUCCAGAAAAAAAAAUGGAACGAGAGCCUCGGCGACACGUAAUGUGGGGUGGUUUCCCCUCCAAGCCAUACUUCAGUGAAGUUUCGGGUUUUGGCGUUCCAACAAACAACUCCUGCGAAAAUGACGU